GCACAGUGUAGAAAGUGUAGAAAUCCCUCUUUCUCCAAUACGUAGCUAUGCCUAAGCAAGUUCAGGACAUCAAGAACUUCCUUGAGAUUGCCCGCAGAAAGGACGCAAAGUCCGCUGCCAUCAAGAAGAACGCUGACAACGUCAAGUUCAAGGUCAGAUGCUCUCGCUACUUGUACACUCUUGUCGUCAAGGACGCCCAGAAGGCUGACAAGCUCCGUCAAUCCCUCCCCCCUGCUUUGGUUGUCAAGGACAUUUAAAUGUUCUGUGUAGACGUGUAUCAAUAAAAAACGAGUGCAAUUCGAAACUUUUCAACAAUGGG